CCUCCCAGAGCCUCCCUCAGGCUUUUUCAGCAGUAGCGACACGCACCGCAGGGCCUCUGCGUGGCCUGACCCCGAUGCCGGCGCUCUCUGUGCCCAGUGACAGCGGAGAUGGCAGGUUCAUUGAGCUCCUCUCUGCCCGGCUGCCUCCCCUCCCUCCUCCUCCUCCUCCUUCAGCUGUCCUCCAGCGAUGCCGGACAGUUCAGAGUGAUAGGACCGCGGCACCCCAUCCGGGCUCUGGUGGGAGAUGAAGCAGAAUUGCCUUGCCGUAUAUCUCCAGGCAAGAAUGCUACAGGCAUGGAGGUGGGCUGGUACCGACCCCCCUUCUCUAGGGUGGUCCAUCUCUACAGAAGUGGCAAGGACCAAGAUGGAGAGCAGGCACCUGAAUACCGGGGCCGGACAGAGUUGCUGAAAGAGGCCAUUGGAGAGGGAAAGGUUACCCUCAGGAUCCGGAACGUAAGGUUCUCAGACGAAGGGGGUUUCACCUGCUUCUUCCGAGAUCACUCUUACCAAGAGGAAGCAGCUAUGGAGCUGAAGGUGGAAGAUCCCUUCUACUGGAUCAACCCCGGGGUGCUGGUUCUCCUGGCGGUACUUCCUGUGCUCCUGGUGCAGAUCACUGUGGGCCUGGUCUUCCUCUGCCUGCAGCACAGACUCAGAGGGAAACUGCGAGCGGAGAUCGAGAAUCUCCACCGGAAUUUUGACCCCCACUUUCUGAGGGUGCCCUGCUGGAAGAUAUCCCUCUUCGUAAUUGUGCCGGUGCUCGGACCCCUGGUUGCCUUGAUCAUCUGCUACAACUGGCUGCAUCGGAGACUUGCAGGGCAGUUUAUUGAAGAGCUAAGAAACCCCUUCUGAGUGUUGCUGCAUCUUGGCAGGGGUGAAGGCAAGCCCAGUAUGUCCAAGGAGUGGCCCUUGGGGAUAUGUCGCAUCAUCAGGCUGAAUGCUCACUGGUCUCUUCACCGUGGGGACAUUCGCACCUACUCCCCCAGGAAUACUGACUUCCAAACAGAAUUGUCUCUUCUGUCAUCAACUGUUUUGGCCUUUUCCCGGCUCCUUUCUUUGUCCCCUUCUGCUAUCCUGGUCUCUCCACUUCUCUCCCUGGUCCUUUGCCUGGCCAGGUGGGUGCAUCUCUCUCCCCAGUAGACACCUUGCUGAAGACUGCAGCCGGGAGGGUCUCUGUGCUAAACGAAAUGCAGGCCAGGAACCUCCUUGAAGCAAAUGUCAGUGCGUCAAUGUUGUUGUGUUUCUUCCAUGACCUCAGCCCUGAUGGGCAGUGCUUGGCGGUGCAGAGGUAGAGGGAAAAAACUGGAAGAAUCCAAACCCUCAGAAAGAGAGCGAAGGCAGCUGCAGGGUGAGGAUAUGGGAUCCCUACCCAACACUAGAGUUGGGGAGACCCACAGUAUCCAGCCCAUCCCAGCGGCCAAGGGAUGAGAGCUGGGCAGCACCCUGCUUUAGAUGGCUCAGUGCCACCCCCUGUACACUGUCUGGUUUGCUGCCAUCUUCAUACCCAUCAGCAUAUGCAUGGUUUGGUUUUGUUUUUUAAGAUUUAUUUAUUUAUGCAUAGAAACUGGGGUACAGGCCA